AUCGUAGAGGUGGCAUAAACUUAAAACCAUGAAAUUGGAGGAGCCUUAAAGGACAGUCAGAACGAGGGCGAUAAAGCGAGAGGGGAGCCGCGCAGAGGGGUCGGUCGAAUCUUCGAAUUUUUCUCUUUCAAACGCCAGUAGGAGAAACAGUGAAAGAAGGCAGAGCGUUACACAGAGAGAAAGAGUGAGAGACGGAAAGAGGAAGGGUCAGAGAAGAACAGUUCCAAUUUUUUCUCUCUCUUCUCCUCUUUCUCCAGUUUUCCAACCCAGAAACCCCGCACCAUUCCAUAGAUAGUAGCCCUCCCCUUGCUCGUCUUACCGAUUUCUCCUCGGAUUCUUCUCGUUCUUGGAGAUUCCUCUCUCGACCUCGCCUCGCCUCUCUUAUCUUCGCCCCAGCGAUCGAACUAAAGUUUCCGAGAGGGCCUUGUAUCGAUCUUUGCUGCACUCUAGAACACCUCGGUGGUGAGGAGUUGAUGGAUUUUUACCAACAGUAUCAACUAUCAAUUGCGGUUCUCAUCUUUUGAAGUCUGAGAUCUGAAAAAUGUCAGUCUGCCACGUAGAAGGACUUGAAGGAUCGGUCAGUUGCGAUGAGAGGAAAGAGAGGAAAUCAGAUGUUGAGAUCUCGGAAGAUGAGAGAAGGAGAACAAAGAUCGGGUCUCUGAAGAAGAAGGCUUUGAAUGCUUCCACCAAAUUUACCCAUUCUCUUAAGAAACGAGGGAAACGGAAAGUUGAUUUCAGGGUUCCUUCAGUUGCGAUCGAGGAUAUAAGGGAUGCCGAAGAGGAGCGCGAGGUCUAUGCUUUCCGGCAAGAGCUUAUUGCCAAGGAUUUAUUGCCUGAUAAACACGAUGACUAUCACACGUUGCUCAGAUUUCUUAAGGCUAGGAAAUUUGACUUUGAGAAAUCGACCCAGAUGUGGGCUGAGAUGCUUCGGUGGAGAAAAGAGUUUGGAGCAGACACCAUUUUAGAGGAUUUUCACUUUGAAGAACUGGAGGAAGUCCUGUGCUACUAUCCUCAAGGGUACCAUGGAGUGGACAGGGACGGAAGGCCUGUAUAUAUUGAGAGGCUUGGAAGAGUCGAGCCUAACAAGCUUAUGCACAUCACUACAGUUGAGCGCUACAUAAAAUAUCACGUUCAGGAAUUUGAGAGGGCCCUGCAUGAGAGAUUUCCUGCUUGUUCGAUUGCUGCCAAAAGGCAUAUUGAUUCAACAACCACAAUACUGGAUGUGCAUGGUGUGGGAUUGAAGAAUUUCAGCAAGGCAGCAAGAGACCUCUUGCACAAUAUGCAGAAAAUAGAUGGUGAUUACUAUCCUGAGACACUUCAUCAAAUGUUCAUUGUUAAUGCUGGUCAUGGUUUCAAGCUGCUUUGGAACACUGUAAAGGGAUUUCUUGACCCCAAAACCACGGCAAAGAUACACGUACUUGGGACCAAAUAUCAGAGUAGGCUUCUUGAAGCUAUUGAUGCAAGCCAACUGCCAGAUUUUCUGGGUGGUUCAUGCACGUGCUCUGAUGAAGGUGGUUGUCUUAGGUCUAAUAAAGGACCAUGGAAUGACCCUGUCAUUAUGAAGCUUGCACAUAGUGUUGAAGCAGCAUGUGUCAGGGAAAUUAGGCGAGUUUCUGAUGGAGAACAAAGAUAUGAAUCCUGUCAUAGGCUGCGCUCACUGAAGGGAAGAUGUAGUGAUACAUCAACAGCUGAAUCAGGAUCAGAUUUUGAUGAUCUUGGUUCUCCUAUUAUAUCCAGAACUGCUGAAUAUAGCCGUUUGGCUCCAGUUCAUGAAGAAGCCAGGACAGCAGAUUCAACAUCUUACUACAGUUGCAAUGACCGCUUUGUGUUGGUUGAUAAGACUGUAGUAUGCAGAAGGAAAACAGGAUCUGAUGGUAAUGCAUCUAGAGAACUCAAGGAUCAUGGACGUGGCUUUGCCAAUGGAACAUCACAUUCACUAGAAGGAAAUUUGCGAUAUCUUGCAAGAGCACUAGUUGCAUUUUUGGUUAAACUGGUAUCCUUCUUUCGUGUCUUUGUUUGUAGACAAGAAAGGAGAUUGGAGAACAUUCAUCCAUCAGAUACAUUGGUCCCUGCUCCAGAGGUCCCUGCUCCAGAGAGCCAUCCCAGUGUAGAAGUUGUCAAGGAAAACAAUUUUGGUCCUUGUUUAGAACGUCUUCAAAGGCUUGAGUUGAUGUUCAAUGAGCUCAGUAACAAACCUGCAGAGAUUCCACAGGAAAAAGAGCGUGUGCUUCUUGAUUCUUGGGACAGGAUCAAGUCCAUUGAAUUUGACCUUGAGAAGACAAAGAAGGUAUUGCAGGCCACAGUGGUGAAGCAAAUGGAGAUUGCAGAAAUGUUAGAA